AUGAGUGUUAAUACUUAAAUCAAUUACGAACUACUUUGUAACUUUAAGUUAAAGUAUUUUCAAUAUUAAUAUGUAAGCAAUUAUAAAACUAAUUAUUUGAAGAAAAAGAAACUAAUUCACGUCUUAUUGACAUUUUAAAAUCAUAAAAAUAAUAAUAACUACAAACUAACUUAAAAACUGAAACUAAUACUCAUACUUAAAAACUUGAGACAUAAAGAUUAUCAUCUCAUAUAAAUAAAGAAUGUUUUAUUAUUUUUUAUUAUAGAAUUUUCUACUAUAUAUCGCUAACCUAAUUUACCUUAUACUUAAAUAUAAUCUCAAAUUGCUCCUCAUCUAACUAUUGAAAUUAAAAAUAUUAAAACUCCUUUAAUCGAAAAUUAAGCACCUAAAAAUUUAAAAGAACUCUUUGAUUAAUGUGUCUCUUAAUUGUAUAGAGAAAAUAAAAUUAAAGGAAAUUUAUAAAAACAAAAUAAAUAUAAUUGCAAUAGAGAUCAUUAAGGCUAGUUUUUAUUAACAUCAGAAUCAAAUGAUGUCUAAUUUUCGAAAUUAGAUAUCAAGACUUUGACUGAAAGGUAUUUCAAUUAUAAUUUUUAGAUUCUUUUUAAACCCUCAUUUUAUAAAAAUGAUUGAAGCUUAGAUUUUUGAUAUUAAGUGUUGCAAUUUUAAAGCCUGUAUCUACAAUUAAAGAUAAUUAUUAUAAUAAUUCGACUCUGUCCAAAAUAAAGAUGAAAUUAAAUAAGCACAUCUUCCAAAAAGAAGUCUUACUUUUAGAUAAGAUAAUAGAAGUAAAAGUGUUGGUAAAAAUGAGGGUAUAGAGAUUGUCAAUUAAGAUAGAUUAUAAACUUUAAUAUUAAUUUUUAUAAUAAGAAAUCUAAAGAUUAGAAAAAGAAAUCAUUUCUACAUAUAAUAAAUCUACAAUAUAAGAGUUAAAACUUUAAUUAAGAGAAGUGAGGGAUAAACUUGCAGAAAUAUAAUGUAAGAUUUUAAAUUGA